AUGUACUUGGCCCAYGCGUCGCCCUUGCUGCUCAGCACCUGCGGCACACGCUGCAGCCUGGCCGUGCAGCUGUGCCGGGUCCGCGACACCGUCCUGCUCAUCUCCACCGACCCGGCCCACAACAUCUCGGACGCCUUCGACCAGAAGUUCUCCAAGGUGCCCACCAAGGUGCUGGGCUACGACAACCUCUUCGCCAUGGAGAUCGACCCCAGCCUGGGGGUGGCCGAGCUGCCCGACGAGUUCUUCGAGGAGGACAACGUGCUGAGCGUGGGCAAGAAGAUGAUGCAGGAGGCCAUGAGCGCCUUCCCGGGCAUCGACGAGGCCAUGAGCUACGCCGAGGUCAUGCGGCUCGUCAAGGGCAUGAACUUCUCGGUGGUCGUGUUCGACACGGCGCCCACCGGCCACACGCUCCGGCUGCUCAACUUCCCGGCCAUCGUGGAGCGCGGGCUGGGCCGGCUCAUGCAGAUCAAGAACCAGAUCAGCCCCUUCAUCUCCCAGAUGUGCGCCAUGCUGGGGCUGGGGGACAUGAACGCCGACCAGUUGGCRUCGCGGCUGGAGGAGACGCUGCCCGUGAUCCGCUCCGUGAGCGACCAGUUCAAGGACCCGGAGCAGACGACGUUCAUCUGCGUGUGCAUCGCGGAGUUCCUGUCGCUCUACGAGACGGAGCGGCUCAUCCAGGAGCUGGCCAAGUGCCGCAUCGACACGCACAACAUCGUGGUCAACCAGCUGGUGUUCCCGGCCGCGCGGCCGCCCUGCCGCAUGUGCGAGGCGCGCCACCGCAUCCAGGCCAAGUACCUGGACCAGAUGGAGGACCUCUACGAGGACUUCCACAUCGUGAAGCUGCCGCUGCUGCCGCACGAGGUGCGCGGGGCCGAGCGCGUCAACACCUUCUCGGGGCUGCUGCUCGAGCCCUACCAGCCGCCCAGCCCCGAGUAG